UCCGCUUACCCCGGCGUUUUCCUGCCGCGAGCCCUCCUGCGCUGAUAAGGCCUGCGGUUAGGGGCUUCACCGGUGUUUCUGUCAGUCAGUGCUUGUGGAGCGCCAGAAGGGGAACUCGAGUAUGCUGGACUCUCCUCUAGCAGCCGAGAAGAUAGCUGAAAGUGCUGUUCCUAAUGAAGCUUUGAUUCCAAUUGGCAAGAUAAUAGCAAACAACUGUGAAUGGAUGGGAAUGUUAAAAGAUGAAGCCACUGUGGAAUGUUGUAUAAUUCAGCAGCUUCCAAAGAGAGGUCCUGCAGGAGCAGCUAAAGAUGUAACAGAAGAAUCUAUAACAGAAGAUGACAAGAGGAGAAACUAUGGAGGCGUGUAUGUUGGCCUGCCCUCCGAAGCUGUCAAUAUGGUGUCUAGUCAAGCAAAGACUGUACGAAAAAAUUAAAAGAAAACAGCACCAUGGCACAAUAAUCAAGAGUUGUCUUCAUAGCUUGUUCAUCAGUCUGGAAAGAAGUGGGCUCCGUGGGACAUUGUAAUGUGCACAGACAUUUCCAAGGAAAUACUAAACAGUCACCCCCCCCUCCCUCUUACUCCCCCAAAUCUUAAAGGUGUAGUUAAAACCAAGGGUACAUGUUGAAUGGAAAGAAAUUGACUAGACAGUACAUUUGGGUGUGGCACUUUCCAUGGUCCACCUACGGAAGGCUUGGGAGCACACGGGCACUGCCCACACUGGGCUGCUGUGCUAUGCAGCAGUUCUCACUCUGGCCAGGCAGCAUGGUUCAUGGAGGUCACGUCUGUUCACUGAUACUUUUUUGAUAGUUUUUAUAUACAAAAUCCUUAUUCUGUUUACAACUUUAAUUAAGAUAAUAGGCACUAGAAACAAAUUACCUGAAGUAAUAUAUUUGUCUGUUAUCUUUCACUAUUUCUACUCCAUAUUAAUUUUUAGCUGUAAAAUUGGUAAAAUUG